UAUUGAUUAAAGAAUGCUAUGAAUAUUUGACAUUUAAAAAAUUGUUUGUUGCACUACUAAAGACAAAAAUAUCAUUAAAAAUUGUGAAAAACUUAAGCAAAAUACACAUUUUAUUUUAUACAUAUCAAUUUUAACCUGUGGACAUGUGCCAAGUACCUCCCCAUGCACAUAUAUUGUCUACCAUCACCCACCCUGCCUUCUAGAUACAGUAUUGGUUAUUAGUCAUUGAAAAAAAUAUAUCACUCGACCACUAAUAGAAACAAUAGCAGCAUAUUCCCCUGAGAAAGCGUCCCAUCAGUGUGUGUGAUACAACUCUAUCCUCAUCCACAGCAGAAUCAAUGAGAGAGAGAGGGGAUGAGAGAGAAAGAAAGAGAGACUGUCUCAUUCGCUGCCGUUCUUUCUAAUUGGAUCAAGCGCAGACUUGCCCGACUCUCUGCUUUGUGCUCAUAGUGUGAGAGGAGAGAGACACCAGACAGAGCGAGAGACAGAACGUGUGUGUUGGUGUGAUGGAUAAGGAGAGGGAGAAAGAGGAGGGGUGUAAGAAGGGGUGUGUGUAAUCUUCACUCCUAUCUCCUUGUCCUUCCGUGUGGUUCUGCGUGCAAGUCUUUAACGACCGACUCUUACUCUGCUCCGAGGAGGCAGCGCUUUGAUCGGACAUACACCUGCUGCUUUCGGAUGAUUCAGCCGUUUUUGGCAGCGGCUGGCAGAGUGUGACAGCAUGAAUCGCAGCCCAGGCACACCAGCCCCCUCCUCCAGCCCUGCCCCCAGGUGAGUGCUGCACUCUCUCCGGACCUCUCUGACACGCUCUGAAGCGGGAUCCACCCUGGGGCGGCCUCACACAUCUGCCUCCGGAGCAUAUGCCUUAUUUAUAGACUUGCUUGUGUUUUUCUUCCUGCUCCUUUGGAGACAGUGAGAACGACCGGGGCGACAGAAAUUAGAGCCACUGAAGUCUUCCUCUUCCUCUUUAGUAACGAGGUUAGUCAGUUGAGCAUCGUGUCCGAGUCCCUUCCCCCUCGCUAGUGAUCUGAUAAUGGAAAGAACACUUUAUGAGGCAGCAUGCCUGCCGCUGCUGCCGCAGCACUAGAGGGAGGUCUGCUGCACAUCUGCUUCUGAGAGACAGAACGAGGGGGAGAGAUGAAGUCAGAAGCGACGGAGGACAUCUCGGCCGGACUUGCAUCUCAAGAGGCUCCUUCAGAAGCUUUAUCUGAGGUCACCACAAAAGUGACACCCGGCGAAGCGGAGGAGGACGUACCGGGGGACGGCGACAGCUCCGAGCGUGGUCCUCUGGGAUGCGUGCCUUUGGCUGCGGCCGCGUGCUGUGUGUGCCUCGAUCUGGAGCGGGUGAAUAACUGCGUCCGCUCUGAAAAAAUCUGCAUCCUGCCCAUCCUGGCCUGCUUGCUGAGUCUGGCUCUCUGCACUGCCGGCCUCAAGUGGGUCUUUGUGGACAAGAUCUUUGAAUACGAGCCACCGACCCACCUUGAUCUCAAGCGCAUAGGACAGGAUCCUAUGAUAAAUUCGGACUUUACUCAGAAUCCAGUAUCAGUCUCACCUUCCACGGUCACCCCGCCGACUCCGUCUUUCCCAGGACAGCCCAAGGUCUUUGUGGAAGGAGAGUCCUCAGCCAGACCCUUUGAGGUCCCCUCAUCUAAGGUGGCCAUUUUAACACCCACUACAGCAGUGACUGUUCACACAAACUCUGUGUCUCCACCCAGCCCCAAGAGCACCUUCAAACCUGUCCAGAAUGGCACUGCAAACCAAUAUCCAUCUCAAACUCUGGAAUCUAACGAUAUUGUUCCAAAGACAUCGGCCACCAGCACCACUCCCUCGGCCAAGACUUCCAGUCACAUGACCCCCUGCAGUGAGACCGAGAGAGAAUUCUGCGUGAACGGCGGGAAAUGCUACACGCUGGAGGUCACGCCCGGAAACAUCAGACACCUCUGCAGGUGCCCCAAUGAGUUUACUGGUGAUCGCUGCCAAAGCUACGUAAUGGCCAGCUUCUACAAACAUCUUGGGAUUGAAUUUAUGGAAGCUGAGGAGCUCUAUCAGAAACGCGUUUUGACUAUAACAGGCAUCUGCAUCGCUCUUCUAGUUGUUGGCAUCAUGUGUGUGGUGGCUUACUGCAAAACAAAGAAACAGAGGAAAAAGCUGCAUGAUCGUUUGCGACAAAGUUUACGAGAGCGAAACGCUGCGGCCAAAGGCCCUCAGCAGCCCCACCCUCCACCCGAAAACCUGCAGCUGGUCAAUCAUUACAUGCCGAAAAAUCCCAUCCCUCCUCACAUGCAUGUGACAGAUAGAGAAGCGGAAACAUCUCUCUCCACAAACGAGUUCACAUCAUCAACACAUCCGUCCAGCGCUGUCACUCACUCCUCCAGCCAGUGCUGGAGUAAUGGAAAACCAGACAGCAUGGUUUCUGACAGUCAUGCAGUCCUGGUGAAGUCAUCGCUGGAGAACUGCCGGCAUGGGACGCCCGGUCACAGGGGGCGUCUGAACGCUACUGGAGGCGUCCAUCAGCUCAACGAUUACCUGAAGAACUCCAGAGAAACCCAGGGCUCCUGUAGAGACUCCCCCUACAGCGAGAGGUAUGUUUCAGCCAUGACUACACCCACCCGUCUGUCCCCCAUGGGGCUUCUCUCUCCAGUGACACCUUCCUCGCCUCCCUCCGAGAUGUCGGCUCCUCUCUCCAGCCUGGCGACCUCUGUUCCUUCUAUGGCAACCAGUCCUUCAGGAGAGGAGGAACGCCCCCUGCUGUUCCGGACACCGCCAAUCCUGCGUGACAAAUCCAGUUCAAACCAGGGCCAGAAGGGCCAUAAUCUUCACAACUCUGCCCACUACAAUCAUGGCCUGGACCUGCCCAGCCCUCCGGCCGGCCCUCUGCACAUUGCAGAGCACGAGGAGUACGAGAGUUCACAGCAGUACACAAGCACAGCUGCAGUGGCCGCACCGUCCUCCCCCCCUCACAGCCCCAGUGCCGCCGCUCAGCGCAGUACAAGAACUCAGUCGAGCGGCCAGGCGGCGCCGGAGCCUGUCAGCGGCAGUAACUCAGAGAGCAGCAGCUCAGAGAGCGAGACAGAGGAUGAGCGGGUGGGAGAGGACACACCGUUUCUCGGCUUACAGAACCCUCUGGCCACGGCUGGCGGGUCGGUUGUUCUGGACGGGCUGGAGGGCAGCAGAACUAACCCCGCACUGCACCUCUCGCCGCAACACGACCUGCAGAGCAGACUGACAGCCGUCAUGGCCAACCAAGAUCCUAUAGCUGUUUGAAAGAUGCAUUGAAGAAAAAAAUCACCAACUAAACCUUUAUUUUCUAUAAUUAAGUAUUGCGAAAAGAAAAACUUCAACUUUUAUUUUAGUGAUGUAGUGAAACAAAGACUUUUAUAAUGUGUGCAACGUGUUUGUGUCAUGGAAAAAAGUGCCAUUCACAUGUAGCUAAGGUCACAGUAUUUCAAUGGCAGAAAAAAUAUAAUCAAUGGUGCCUUUUAAUUUCAGUUUGAAAAAAGAAGAACUGCAUUAUGACACUGGGCCAUAUAUUCACGACUUUGAGGCAACAAAAUAAAUUCUGUCACUGAAAGGAAGAAAAAAAAAAAAAAAAUCCACCAGCACUCAUGUUUGAAUUCUGAUUAAAAUGUGUAAAAAUGCAUUAUGGUCUCUUAGCCUAGUGGUUUUCAAUCCUGAUCCAGGUCCAUUUUGUAUGUCUCCCAUAUUUAACACACCUGAUUCAUAUGAUCAGCUCCAUGAACUGAGCUGUGUCCAAUAUGAGAGACGUCCAGAGUGGCUGCUCGCCAGGACUGGCCUUGAAAAUUUUAUUUAACCUGACUUGGCAAGAAUGUUUGUUUUUAUUUACAUUGAUAAUUAUUUCUGCAUUUUGAUUUAAAAUAUUGAUGUGAGGCUGCUGCAAACUGAAAACAAGACAAUUUAAAAGCUAUAGAAAAAAAUUCACAGGAUCAAAUCAUGUACAAUCAGCUAUUAAUGAAACAUAAUCAUUUUAUAUUAUGGCUGUCAUGUAUAGCAGACAUUAGUUCUAUGAGAAAGCCAUUAGAUUUGAUUACUGAUUUAUGACUGAAUAUAUGGCUCACUUUGUCGAUCAUGCUCUUUGGCUUUUCAGGCAAUGCAUUGUGGGAAAGUUAUAGCACCACUUUUAUGAUACUGACAUCAUUUUUAUUCCUAUAUUUUAUUUUAUUAGUUAUUGUCCAGAUCACUUUUUUUACAUUUGUCCAUUGCUAUCCAUGUAGAAAGUAACAUUAUAUUCAAAGUGUUCCUUUGUGUCUUGUUAUUUCUCAUCAUGUUUAUGUAUAUAUGUGUGAUCAUUUAAAGAACAAAUCACCUAUUGUACAGUAUUUUGUUAUGUUUGCGUCACCAGAUUACUACAGUAACUUAUGUAUUCACAAGGGUUUACUGAAAAAUAGCCUCUAAUAGUCUAUCCAGCUUGCAAAACAGAAGAACUGGUUACACAGACAACACUUUUAACCCUAGAGCUCACUAUAAAGCUCCUGGCUCUAGUGUGUGAAGGCCUUUUCCUCUACGUUUCCUCUUUCAUGAAAUGUGGCCCAUUUUGUUGUAUUUAUUUUCUUUAUUUAUUUAUUUAUUUAUUUAUUAUCUGGGCCUUAUGGAAUCUAGCAUCUAUAAAUCUAUAUUUUAAUAUAGCAAUGACAAUGAGAUAUUUGCAAUCUUUGGGUACAUCAACAAAACCUUAUUUUUAGUGUGUUUGUUUUUUUUCUUCUCAUAACUCCAUAAUAUAAUUGUGUGUUGUUUUGCCAUUUAGGCCUAGACUCUGUUACAUUCUGUCAUUCAAACUUGCAUUCGAAAAAAAACAAUAAAUGUUCACAAUGACAAAUAUCCAUGAAACUGAUUGUACAAUAAAAAUGAGCUGAACUGCUUCUGGGACACUUGAAAA